AGCAUCAGGGGUGGUUAAGUGAACCUUCUGCAACUCCUCGGAUCUGGUCAGGCUCCCGUUUGGGGCGGCAGACCACAUUGGAGCAUCUCACUGGGGUGCCGGAAUGGAAGACCCCACCUUGCAUCCUUUCUGCAGCGUUGCUUGCCUUGUCCGCCGUUAGGAAUGAAGAGGAGACUUGUGAUAACCCGAGGAGGUACUGAAAGCCAAAUGGCAGAGAAAAUAUCACAGGACACAAACUAGUGAUCGUGUGGGGGCCACACACGUUUUUGAAUGUAAUUGGACGAGCGUGAAAGAGGUGCCCUAUUAAAAAGCACAACAGUCCUUUAAGAGGAGCAAAAUUGAGUUUCCCCAUUUUUGCCAAGAUUUUGAAGACUGUUCAAUGUAUUGUACAUUUGAUAUAAGAUGAUAACUUUAUAAAAUAUUCUGCCCGAGAGCGUAAACGAUGACUACUCCGGCCCUGCUCCCUUUAUCUGGACGAAGGAUACCACCUCUGAACCUGGGGCCGCCUUCCUUUCCGCACCACAGGGCUACCUUGAGACUUUCUGAGAAGUUUAUCCUCCUCCUUAUUCUAAGUGCCUUCAUCACCCUGUGUUUUGGGGCAUUCUUCUUCCUUCCAGACUCUUCAAAACACAAACGCUUUGAUCUGGGUUUGGAAGAUGUGUUAAUUCCCCAUGUAGAUGCCAGCAAAGGGGCCAAAAACCCUGGAGUCUUCCUGAUCCAUGGACCUGAUGAACAUAGACACAGGGAAGAAGAAGAACGUUUGAGAAAUAAAAUUCGAGCUGAUCAUGAGAAGGCCCUGGAAGAAGCAAAAGAAAAAUUAAAAAAGUCGAGAGAGGAAAUCCGAGCAGAAAUUCAGACAGAGAAAAAUAAGGUAGUCCAAGAAAUGAAGACAAAAGAGAAGAAGCCACUGCCACCAGUCCCUAUACCAAAUCUAAUAGGAAUAGAUGGUGGAGACCCAGAAGAUAAUGACAUAAGAAAGAAAAGGGAAAAAAUUAAAGAGAUGAUGAAACAUGCCUGGGAUAAUUAUAGGAUAUAUGGAUGGGGACAUAAUGAACUCAGACCCAUUGCAAGGAAAGGACACUCCACUAAUAUCUUUGGAAGUUCACAAAUGGGUGCUACCAUAGUAGACGCUUUGGAUACCCUUUAUAUCAUGGGACUUCAUGAUGAAUUCCGAGAUGGGCAAAAAUGGAUUGAACACAACCUUGAUUUCAGUGUGAAUUCAGAGGUGUCUGUGUUUGAAGUCAACAUUCGAUUUAUUGGAGGCCUGCUUGCAGCGUAUUACCUUUCGGGAGAAGAGAUAUUCAAGAUUAAAGCAGUUCAGCUGGCUGAGAAACUCCUUCCUGCCUUUAACACACCUACUGGGAUUCCUUGGGCAAUGGUGAAUCUGAAAAGUGGAGUAGGGCGGAACUGGGGCUGGGCAUCUGCAGGUAGCAGCAUUCUUGCCGAAUUUGGUACACUGCACAUGGAGUUUGUCCACCUCAGCUACCUGACAGGGGACCCCGUCUACUACAAGAAGGUCAUGCAUAUUCGGAAACUACUUCAGAAAAUGGAUCGUCCAAAUGGUCUUUAUCCAAAUUAUUUGAACCCAAGAACAGGUCGCUGGGGUCAGUAUCAUACGUCAGUUGGCGGGCUGGGAGACAGUUUUUAUGAAUACUUACUGAAAGCAUGGUUGAUGUCAGAUAAAACAGACCAUGAGGCAAGGAAAAUGUAUGAUGAUGCUAUUGAGGCUAUAGAGAAACAUCUUAUUAAGAAGUCCCGAGGAGGUCUCACCUUUAUUGGAGAGUGGAAAAAUGGGCACUUAGAAAAGAAGAUGGGGCAUUUGGCCUGUUUUGCUGGGGGAAUGUUUGCACUAGGAGCAGAUGGUUCCAGAAUGGAUAAAGCUGGUCAUUAUUUAGAGCUAGGGGCAGAAAUUGCACGUACAUGUCAUGAGUCAUAUGACAGAACUGCAUUAAAGCUGGGUCCUGAGUCGUUCAAGUUUGAUGGUGCAGUAGAGGCUGUGGCCGUCCGGCAGGCUGAAAAGUAUUACAUCCUCCGUCCAGAAGUAAUUGAAACCUAUUGGUACCUAUGGCGAUUCACUCACGAUCCAAGAUACAGGCAGUGGGGCUGGGAAGCAGCACUGGCUAUUGAGAAGUAUUGCCGAGUGAGCGGCGGGUUUUCCGGGGUGAAGGACGUGUACUCGUCUACUCCUACCCACGACGAUGUGCAGCAGAGUUUCUUUCUCGCUGAGACGUUGAAAUAUUUGUAUCUGCUCUUCUCCAGUGACGACCUUUUACCUUUAGACCACUGGGUAUUCAAUACAGAGGCUCAUCCUCUGCCCGUGUUACAUUUAGCCAACACCACACUUUCAGGAAAUCCUGCUGUUCGAUGAAAAGCAGCUCCAGAAAGACCAUUCUCCCCUGUGUUUUGUUUACAUGGACCACUACAGAAAUCAGUCUGGAGGGGGGGCUUUUGGAAACCUGGACCUCAUAAGUCAACAUGGCAGGGUGAAACAUGACUGUGCCCCACAAGACUUUUCAACUUGUAGAUAUCUCAACUUUGAAAUGAUUCCAUUUUAUACCUGACCAAAACAUAUUCUGGUAUGUGUAGGACAGCGACCUGACACGCUUUGUUUCGUAAGGAGAUGGUCACAUGGGAAAUCAUGCCUGUUACUACUGUACUGUUUUUAGAGUCCUGGCAUCCGGAGACCAGACUGCCUGAGAAUAAGCCAAGAAUGCGGAGCACCUUGUGGAAGUGAGGGAUGGCCUUUGGAACUAAUUAUACAUUUGUUCCUUCCAAAGUGGAGCAGCUUUCGAAUCAGAUAUUUACUCAUCGUUUAUCCCUUUUUUCUCCAUUUUUAAUGGAAGGAACUAAAACAACAAAAGAGCAGUGGAACCGCAUCAAGAGCAAGAGGUCUGGCAAAAGACAACAAAAGUACCUGUUCCUGUCUCAGUUUUCAGGUUCCCCGUUGGACGAUCAGACUGGCAACCAUUUCAACUCUCAGUCUAUUCCAUUGAAAUCUCUUGGUUAAAUUUGAUUUUUUCUGGGGGCAUGAUCUCACAAAGAAUACUCUUCAAGUCUUCGUCUCCAUACGGAAUCAUUGAAACUGUUGUUUAUUGAAACCACUACUCACGAGCCUGGGUUUGGGAUUUCGUGCAUGUUGAUCAGUCUAGUGUUGGUAGCAUGACGACAAGUGGGGGAAAUGCUGCAGUUUGUUGCCUUGAAACCCGUUUUGAGAGAAAGCCUUGGUUUUGUUGGUAGGAGAUUUUUUUCCCCAAACCAGCAAAUCUACCAAGUGAAUUUUAUCCACUUUAACCUUCUUACAAAUUUAGUAAAAUCCCUCAACUUACAACUCUCUGUGGCUUGGCACAAUUCUCUAUACUAUUAUGCAGCUCCAAAUUUACCUUGAUGAGCCAAAUUACUUUUACAACCUCAUGAAAUCAAAAACAAAAUACAGUGAAACUUGCUCAUACAUUCUAUCUGAAAUGGGAACAGGGGGAUCCUGUAUUAUCUCAUCAGAUGAGCGAACUUUUCACAAAUAUUUUAUGUCAAAAAUAAAAUUCAGCUUUUAUUUUCUCCAAGGAUAUUUAUAGAAAUCCAAAGAAUUAAUCAGAACCACUUCAAAGUAAUUUUUAGUGAUAAAAGUGUGGUAUAAUUAAUCAUAAUAACUAAAUUUGGGAUAUAUCUAAGGGAGUUUCUCUUACCAUAAAUAGAUUUUGCAGUGAUAUUUAUUUUUAAAGAAAUUACUAUUUCUUCAUAUUUGGGGGGAGGAACUGAAAUUUUAUCAAGAACUGUAUUGUAAGAUAAAUAUGAUUGUAAGUUUUCUGUCCCUUGAAUUUGUGUCACAGUGCAAGACACUUUUUCUUCUUUACGUUUAAUACAAACAGCUUCCAUUGACAAUAAAAGUUGGGAGCAUUAUAAUCAGUCUAGUAUUUACUCUGAACUUGAAGAUUUCAUGAAACAGUGUUUGUGCAAGAAGCCCACCUUGGAAUUCUGAAGGCUUAUUUUCUUAUUUUGAUAGCUUUUCUUUUUCAUCUCUUAUUAGCACGUAGCAGAUUUUAAUUGGAGAAAAGAUUUAAUAAAUUAACAUAAUUAAGUAUUUUCUAAGGGUGAUCAUCUUACGCCACAAAUAGUCCUCACAGUUCAGCAGUCGAUCCAUAAAUGAUAACCAAACCCGAGAUUUUUCAGGAUACAUAGGAAAUAAGGAUGUGGAGCCAGUUGCAUUAUUUAAGUUUUUAAGAGAGUUAAAUUUUAGCACACAUUUUGAAAUUAUAGUAUCUUUUACUACUUGAAAAGUUAAAAUUUUGAAAUGAGAAGGGGAGAUGACUAACCUGAGAAAGGGAGAAUAUUUGGUUCUCAAAAAAACGUUAGCCUUCCUCCUAAAAGUAGCAUAAGCCCACUUAGGAGUCACUAAAAAACGUGAACCCCUUGAGGUGGCGAAGACCCAGAGCCGCUGAGUAGAUGGCAGCGAGUCUGCCCGUAUCCUGUUCAGAAGAGGGCAGAGUAAGGGGCCUUCUUGGUCUCCCAGGAGCUUCUCAAGGAAAGAGAAGACAGAGCCUCCGCCCCCUCGGCUGACUGGGGCUUAAGAGAAGGCAGAGAGGUGCGUGAGUAUGGCCCUUUCUGUGCAAGCGAAGAAUCCGGAGAGGGGCAGGGGAAGCUUCUGUCGUCUUCACUGCCUGCUCCCUCCCUGUGAUGGUAAGACUAGAGCUGACCCCAACGCUUCCAUUGUUUUCUUCUCUGGAUACCAAAGGCAAUUAAAGUCAACUACAAAGGACUUGCCAGUGUCAUGUUUUGUUUUUAUUACAGAUUUUUAAAAUUAUUUCCUCCAGAAUCAAUCCUUGUCCUAUAUUCUACUUAGUUUCCAAGAGUAUUUACUUUCUUCCAUCCCUCACAGUCCUUUGCAUUUCGUAGACCUUAUUCCUCAGGUUAAAAUACUCAUUACACGUCUAAGACUCUCUGCAAAGAACCUAGAGAUGCUCCUUUCCAGAUGCCUCUUCAGAGAGCUGACACCCCCCUUUGUGCCUUUGGCAUAAGUGUGCUGAGUAGGCUGAUCAGUUGGCACAUGAAAGAAAAAAAUGGAGGUUGAACACCCCUCUCCCUUCUGCGUUUCUCUUUUAGAAUUUUAGACUCAUGCUUUUUUUGUUGAAACUGGUAUAAAAUUGAUAAAACCAAGCGAGUGCGGUCCUAACCAAGAAGUCUCAGCGCAGAAAAACAAGGCCCCGGUCAGAGGGUUCGUUCUUUCUGUCCUGUGUCUGGCACCACCUUACUUCUGUCUUUGAGCAGAUGUUUAUAUGUAAAUGUAAAACCUGGAUAUUGGAGGAGUGUGUUCCUUUUGUGGAAUGUUGAUCCUCAUUCUCCAUGAUGUCAUCUGAGGCACCCUAGGGUGCCACGCGGUUUGGAAUCGGGACCAUCAGCUUCUCCUCUCCACUCUCCAUUGCCAAAGUCUUUGUCAGAGCCACAGAUCUGUCGAUAAAAGAUUGCGCUUGCCAUUCUCAUUAUGCAGCUUCCCCUCAAGCCUGGAUUUCCAUGAAUGAAUGUGUGAGCGAGUGAGAGAAUGAGUGUGCAAACACGGAGUACCUUGUAGGUGCCAAGCUUUACGCCAGGCACUCGCGAGCGUCAGACGUUUUGUGAUUCCAGUGGCAUGCAUACCAUUUUCACUGUUUCCCAGUCUGAAUCAUAUUACAAAAUCCCUAAUUUUAUAUGUCACUUAAAGAGGAAAAGAAAUGGUUUAUAAUAUAUUUUAAGCAACGUGUUACUAUAUAAUACUAAGAGCUAUAAUUGUAGCUAAUAACUAAAGCCUCUUGGAAAAUGUUAAAGACAUACUUCUGAUGCAACUUUGACUAAAAUAUUUACUUUCGAAGUAAAUUAAAGCAUUCUUCUUUUGCUAUAUCGCCCUAAUUAUAUAAUUAAAAAUUAAUGUUUUAUAGAAACGCUGGUUAUUUUAUAUUCACGUACAUUUUGUCAUGGGUCAAAUUUGCAGUUGUACGUUGUUUUUGCUCUGCCAACGGCCCUACUGAUGGUCCCAUGCUGUUGAAUAUAAAGAAAAAUAUACUAAAAUAUUUCUAAGUUCCAA